UGGCUGGAUAGAAAUAAUAAAAAAGCUCUAUUGAAAUGUCACAAACAUCGACGCAAAAUUUUAUGUUGAAAACAGAGGUAUAAAUUCUCAUUUAAUAAAGCAAAAACAGUUAUGAUUUGAUGUGUGGCGGUUUAUAAAAAAAAUGGAUGGAUUUUAUUCAGUAAUAUGUUCAGUGUUGCAAGGCGAGGUGAGUUCAGAUAUGGAAUAUUAAAACGAAGACGCAUUGCAGUAAACAAAAGAUUACUACUCUCCCUACUCUUGGCAACGGAAGUGAUCGAAAUAAUCGCAAGUGAUAUAUGUGAACCAGAAGUGCUCUACAGGAAAAGCACAGAGCUAACGUACACGAUGUCAUGCCAAAAUUGUGUUGAUGUUUGCGACACCACUACCAAGACAGCGAUAACGGCUUUAAAAUCCUGGCUUCAGGCGCACGAGGAAGCCCAGGUAAUGUUGGCCAGCGUGCUGGUUGUGGUGGGCGUGUGGUGGCUGGUGAGGACCUUCCUGGCCCUUCUCAUUAACCUAGUGUGUCCCGUUAUCGUCGUCUUGCUUGCCGUGCUGUGUGUUCCGCAACUCCGAGCUCCGUUAUUAGGACAAAACUAUCCCGCCGUAGCGAACCUAAUGAGAAAUAUUUUGUUGAAGUUGGCAGAAAAUAUCAAGUCUUAGAACGUUGAAACUAUAAUAAUUUAUAGUGAAUGUAAUUUACCAAUAAAUAUCAUGGAAAUAGA